AGCUCUUGGCUUUUUGCAGUUUCUCUCAGUACUGAUGGUCCGACCUUGGGAUGAAUUUGCUAGGACACCCCCCCCCACCCACCGGUCUUCACUGAAUAAGAUGUUGGACUUUUUGUUUGGAAAAGGCCUUCUAGCCCUCCCCAGAUUGAUGGGCAGUGAUAAUUAGUUCUCUAAGAUCACUGCUGAUGCUAACACACACCUGAAUGCUGACUGUCAAAACCUUUGCUGUUAUACAGGUGCUCACAUUUACUGAUGAUCACUUAAUCCAGUCCCUUUGAUUAUACUUCCAAUGAGAUUGUAUUUAGCUCAUUUUAAGACCUGCUGAGGACCAGACCAGUUUUAUUUUGCUCUCAUUGUAAAAUGCUGGAAUUGAAAGAGGGCACACUUUCUUUUUCACAUUUCUCUGUCAGCUGUUGUUCCAUUGACUCUGGACUGUAUUGUUUCUAAAUCUGCCCGUCAUCCAAGCACACAGGCAGAACAAUGCCACAGCAUUAUGUCACUGACUGACUGACAGAACAGAUAUGUGUGUAUGUGUCUGAUGCACUGUCACACAGGUGAAAUCCCUCUGUGUCUUUAGUUGGCUUCCUGAGCUCAUUGUCUCUCCCGUCGUCCUCUCCGUCUAGCACAGUUUGUUUUGGCAGCCCCGGGUGUCUGAUGCGAGUACCGCUGGGUCCCAGCAGGGACUGGACCUAGUGGUGCCCCCCCAUCCUCAACCCUGAUUCUGCUGACAGGGCCCAACCCACCAUGCUGAGAUAAUGCCAUUCCAGAGGGAUCGUGGCUAAAGCCUCUCUUUCUGGCUCUCAGCCAAAGUAGACCAGACUGUCUUCAGUUGCUAUGGAUAUUGCCAUCCAGCACCCCUGGUUCAGACGUGCCCUGGGCUCUGUCUACCCUGCCAGACUCUUUGACCAGUUUUUUGGAGAGGGCAUGUUUGAUUAUGACCUCUUCCCUUACGCCGCCUCCACCAUCAGCCCCUAUUACAGACAGUCACUCUUCCGCAACGUUUUGGAUUUUUCCAACUCUGGGAUCUCAGAGGUGAGAUCUGACAGGGAUAAGUUCACAGUCUACUUGGAUGUCAAGCACUUCUCUCCUGAUGAGCUCAGUGUGAAAGUCACUGACGACUAUGUGGAGAUCCAGGGCAAGCAUGGAGAAAGACAGGACGACCACGGUUACAUCUCCCGUGAGUUUCAUCGCCGUUACCGCCUCCCCUCUAGCGUUGACCAAUCAUCCAUCACCUGCACCUUGUCAGCUGACGGUCUGCUGACUCUGACCGGACCAAAGGUCACCGGAGGGAGCGAGUCUGGCCGCAGUGAGCGCAGUAUCCCCGUGACUCGUGAUGAUAAGCCCAACGCUGCCGCCUCCUCCUAGAGGCCAAGUGCUGGUGGUUGACCCGGGGUACUGAAGGAGCUCAGCCCCGUAAAUAACCAGCAUCAACGGGGAUGGACGACUCCGGAAUUCUUCUUUCCCCCUUACCUUAGAGGAUAUCUGUGUCUUCCCUGCUUCUCUUUCUAUAGUUACUUCUUAACUCAUUAGUAUCAUUGUUUUAAGUAUAACAAAAAUCAGCCCGCCAAGGCAGUCAAGUAAGAGGUGGCUGGAGUUUUUAAAGAGAGAAGUCAUCUGGAGACAUUCACACGGCCCAGCAUGUUUCAGAGCAGUACUCUGACGGUACGGGCUGGCUUUAAGCUUGAAACAAAAAUGUCUUGCAUGUUCUGUACCACAUAUUAAAAUCGCAGAGGAGCCCUGGUUUCUCCCAUUCUUGUUCUUCCUCUGAAGCCUCUGUCUCACAUAUAUCCUGUACUGAAGUCUAAGCUUUGUUCAGUGGAUAUCUGCUCACAAUUCAAGUCCAUACUAAAGAAGCAAUAAAGCUGUACAAUUAACAAAAUGCAA